UCGGCUUGUUGACAAAAAAAGACGCAAGAAACCAAAUGUUGGUAUUUUGGUUUCAUCUCUGCUGACGGAGAACACGCAGCUCUACAUGAUCACCGCCGCAGCUCCGCCCGUUGAGAUGGGACCCGUGCGCGGAGCAAGACACGUGCUUCAAGUUAAAGACCUGACACACUUAACUAUCUUGUCUACAUCUGGAACUAGCUAAACUAGUUAUAAAUAUCUUUAUUCUUCACUGUCGGGUCACUCAUUACUGGAUCAUUGAGCCGCAUGAGACGGAUACGACUGGCUGUCAGGAGAGGGAGACAGGGAGAGGGGAAAAGAGAGCACGUUUAUUUCUCCCGUGUUAUGAUCCAAAGUUAAUGUAAACUUUUGAAUAAUGUGGUUCAUCUACUAUAAGUACGUUUGAAAUAACGCACAAUAAUGACAUUUAAGACAGUUUCCCCUUUUUUAAGAAAAGUAGCCUACCAAAAAAGUGUCGAAAUCGCAAUUCUUGACUUGGUACCGGUAUCGAAACAAAAAUGUUGGAAUCGUGACAACACUAGAAACCAUCAUAGUAACACUCUCGAAGGGCACAAGGAUCAUUUCUUCUUUCUGCGUGUGGAUUAACAUGCAUCUGUUCAUGCACAUUUAUAACGUAAAGAGGAAGAAAGCCUGCCCAGUUUUAGUUGAAAAAGAAAAGAACACAUCCUCCUUUUCAACAUUGAAAGUGUUUUGGGUGAAAUACUGACGUACAGUGUCUCGUAUGUGCUUGAUCUACCUGAUGUGAGGAGCAGCUAUGAGGUUAACAGCAGCAGCGAGUGGAUUUCUCCUCUUCCUUCUCUCUGUACACGGUACUGUACAUUAUAUUUUAGUGGUUCAGGGUCAGGAUGUCUGGGGAGUGACUUACUCUGCAACUGAGAUCUGUGCAGUGAAAGGAUCAACAGUGGCGAUAAGCUGCACCUACACAUACCCAUCUGGUCGUUAUAUCGCCUUGUCUAACUUCUGGUUUACCAAAAUGAGUAAUGGUGAACUUGUAAAUCUUAAAUUGGACUACACAGGUCGCGUGCAGUACAGUUGUCAACACAGUUAUGAUUACAUCAAGUGCACUCUGAGAAUCUCCGACCUGAGAGAGAGCGACUCAGCUAAGUACAAGUUCAGGUUUGAAACAAACCAAGAAUAUGGAAAAUUUACUGGAUCACCUGGAGUCACUUUGUCUGUCACAGGUGUCAUGGUGCACGUGCAGACGCACAGUUAUCUUUCCAUGGCAGUGCUGAAGUGUCAGGGCAGUUGUCCUCUACCUGAUAGUUCUUCCUACAUCUGGUACGAGAACGAGAGAAUUCAGACUGGACGGACAUCUUCUACUUAUUCAGUGUUCUAUGGUGCUGCAGACAGCUAUUCCUGUGCUGUAAACGGACAUGAGACCCGCCGUUCUCCUGCAGUGUAUGCUCCAAAGCUCCCCUCUGUGUCAGUGAGUCCCUCUGCUGAGAUAGAGGAGGGCAGUUCAGUGACUCUGACCUGUAGCAGUGAUGCUAACCCAGCAGCUAACUACACCUGGUACAAGGAGAAUGAAGACUCUCCAAAAGCUUCAGGACAGAACUUCACCAUCACUGACUUCAGAGCUGAACACAGUGGGAGUUAUUCCUGUGAAGCCCAGAACAAGUUAGGACGUAGUAACUCCAAGUUACAUCUGAUUUUGGCAGGUAAAUCAACAAUGAUCAUUAACAUCAUCAGGUUGACUCUGCUGGUUGUAAUGCUGAUUCUUCUGCUCCUUUUCUAUCUCUGGAUGAGGAAGGAGAAAGAUGUGAGCUCCACCACUGAACCGAAGGAACCCAUAGAGACUGUGGAGUUAGACUCUUGUUCUGUGUAUGAGAAUGUCUCAGACCUGAACAUACGCACUGCAGAACUGACAGAAGAACCAGAUGACCUGCUGUGAAGAUUCAUCAAACCAGAGGGAGACUCUCCAGCAUGGAUGCAGCAAUCAGUAUUAGUAGGAGGAGUUUGCGGUAAAAGCAGUCAGAUUUGAAUGUAUGCUUUUAAAUCCUUUGUUUCUAUCAUCUUUACUUGGAGUGAAUAUAAUAUAUAGCAGCAAUAUAUUAAGUUAUUAAAAUGAGUUCCAUCAGCAGCUGUGGUGAACACUUGAAUGCCUCAAUAAUCAUAAUCCAGUUGUUUGAUAUACAUGAUUCUGAAAUCGGUCAAGUAUAUUUUGAGGCCAACACUUUUGUAUGCCAUUUUAAAAUAUGUUCCUCUUAAUGUUUUCAUUUGAAUUGCGUUGUGUAGAAAGGUGCUUUGUAAAUAAACUUGCCUUGCCUUACUUUUAGUUUUUGAUUUUGAAUCGUGGGCUUUUAAUUGUAUGAGAGUAUCUUUGAAACGUAUAUAGCGUCUUUCACUAGGUGCGUAGUCUAUGUUGCGGUGUACAAAAAAUGCCACAGUGUACAAAUAGUCUGUAACAAGUAAAAGUCCUGCAAGUAACAUAUGACUUAAGACAUGUUGAAGCUAAUGGGGGUCAAAAUGAACACAUUUUAAGCUUUGUUCUUUAUAUUUAGUAAAUAUAUAUUUCUAUGUGACUGAAUACAUGCUCCUUCUUGGUUUAUUUUUCUGUGUAAAGUGAGUACUGCAGAUCUUUUUUGUAAGUAAGACGUCAUUUUUAUCCGACCGAGUGCUGCCUUACUUUCCCUGCAUCCAUCCGGGAUAAAAUGCAACAGAAUAAAAAUGGUUGCUGAAUUGCCAAACUCUUAUAAUUCAACGUCCAGUGGCUAAAUUGGCAUGAACGUUUCAAAAACUGUUUCGCCAAAGCAACGAAAUGUAAAUAAGCUAUUUUAAUAUUUAGAAAUACAGUAGUUCUUUGAGUACACAUUUAUGCUUUUUACUUUACAAUUCAGUGUCAAAUGUGUUUUACUCAAAUACAUUUGAUCUGUUCAGAUUGACAUCAGAAAAACAAUUCAUCAAAUCAUUUAUAAAAUAUUGUUAAUAAAGUAUGUCGUUCACAGAGUGGCAACCACAA